CUACUCCCCCACACCUUGCUUGCUUUCACCUCAGCCUUCAUUCCGGCCUUGAGAUCUUCUCUCGCUCGACGUUUUCUGUCAACGGUGCGCUUGACCUCUCCUGUCUUGCGGGAAAGACCAGACAGAGCCGGCUGUAACCUGGACUCACCCCCCACCCACCACUGUCGCCGGUCGCAAUGGAUUUCCUCAAAUCCGCUGUCGCCUCUGCGAUCGCGAAAGGCAGCUCCUUUCCGUACUCGCUUGGAGACCGAGUGGAUAUCUCCGAUUCGAUUUGGACCCUUCACAAUGCGACCAAGCGGGAAGACGGAUCGGCUUGCAGUAUCUUCACCUUCGAAAUCGCCGCCAAUAAAUCCCGCCUCCCGUUAGCCAGAAAUGCCGUGCGCAAGUCGCGAACGCUGAGACACCCGGGGGUCAUAAAGGUGUUGGACACGAUUGAGACCGAGACCAACCUCUACAUUGUGACGGAACGAGUGGUUCCCCUGUCCUGGCACGUCAAGCGGAGGAGCCUGAGCGAGGAGACCUCCAAGUGGGGAUUGUACACAGUGGCAUCGACCCUCAAAUUCAUCAACGAUGAUGCGACAUCUGUCCACGGAGCCGUACGCGCCUCGUCGAUAUACGCUAGUGAAAGUGGCGAGUGGAAACUGGGAGGGUUUGAUGUCCUGAGCUCAAUGAACGAUGAGGAUGCGAUCAUAUAUACCUACGGGAGCCUUGUGCCAGACUCCGCCCGCUACACGCCCCCGGAGAUCGCCAAAGGCGGGUGGGAUGCCAUCAAACGGCAUCCUCUCUCCGCCGUCGACUCGUACGGGCUCGGAAUCUUGGUAUAUGAAGUGUUCAACGGCAGUUUUAGCGGAGGCGACCAGGUGGGCAGGACGACCAACAUCCCACCGAGCAUGCAACAGAGCUACAAGCGUCUUUGCACCGCCAAUCCCAAAUUACGUCUGAGUGCGGCGCACUUUGUUGACCAAGGCAAGAGACACGGGGGAUUCUUCCGCACUCCAUUGAUCGCCAUGGCAGACGACAUUGAGAGCCUCGGACUCAAGUCUGAUGCGGAGCGGGAGGAGUUUAUCAAUCAGCUGGACGAGCUUUCUGACGACUUCCCAGAGGAGUUCUUCAAGAUGAAGGUGCUUCCAGAGCUCUUAAAAUCCGUGGAGUUUGGUGGUGGUGGACCCAGGGUUCUCAGCGCCAUAAUGAAGAUCGGAGCGAAACUGACCCCUGACGAAUACAACGCACGGCUCACGCCGGUGAUCGUUCGUUUGUUCGGGAACCCUGACCGCGCCUUGCGCGUGUGUCUUUUGGAUAAUCUCCCGCUCAUGAUCGAUAAUCUUCCGCAGAAGAUCGUGAACGACAAGAUCUUCCCACCCAUGACCUCCGGUUUCACCGACAUUGCGCCUAUGGUGCGAGAACAGACCGUCAAGGCGGUCCUGUGCGUCAUCAAUAAACUGAGUGACCGGACCAUCAACGGCGAGCUGCUGAAGUUCCUCGCUCGCACGGCCAACGACGAGCAACCGGGGAUCCGUACGAACACGACCAUUUGUCUGGGGAGAAUCGCCAAGAAUCUAGGACAGGGAUCCCGGACCAAGGUCCUCAUUGCGGCUUUCAGCAGAUCGCUGCGAGACCCGUUCGUGCACGCUCGAAAUGCCGGUCUGCUGGCGCUGGGUGCAACGAUCGAUUUCUUCACCGAAGAAGACUGCGCGACCAAAAUCCUUCCUGCGAUAUGCCUAGUCCUUCUGGACCGAGAGAAGAUGAUCCGCGACCAAGCCAACAAGACCCUUGACCAAUACCUCCAACGGAUCCGAAAUUUCAGCCGCACCAUGCCUGAUACUGCACUUUCCCCGACCACCAGUGCGGAAGCGACCAAAGAACCCGCGCGUAUGGGAGACUCCAACGAUAAAUCCUGGGCCGGAUGGGCCAUCUCCUCAUUCACGAAUAAGCUUGCCACGGCAGAUGGCGAAAUCCAGCCAACUGCCAACGGCGCAAAGCCUGCAGAAGCAGAGGUCCCUCGCUCGGCAUCCGUCCCUCGCCCAACGAUGUCUUCCCCUUCGGCGAAAUUGAACUCACCCAAGCAGACCUUACGUCCAGCCGCCCAGCCGCUGGGCCGUCGGUCUGUCUCCGAACAGCCAGCGCUCGUCGCGACGGACCACGACGAGCAAGAACAGGACGACGUUUUCGAUGCCUGGGGCGCCAUAGACGACAAUGACGACAACACCAAGGACACGCAGGAAGAUGAUCCGUUCAGUGCCCCAGUACCGUCUCGACCAUCGUCGGGGAUCUCAACCAAGCCCAAGCCAUCGCCCGUUCCAUAUGAUGACGGAGGCGAGCCUGACUUUGCGGGAUGGCUGGCCGCCCAGUCAAAGACCAAGAAGACUCUGCCAAAGGGGCUGAGCAAGACCUCGACGCCAAUCUCUCGAACUUCCAGUCGGGGGAGUGAGGUGAAGCCCAAGCCUGCUGCGCCGGCGAAGAAGAUCGACACGAAACCGAAAGAUGACGAGGAGGAGGAUGGCUGGGGGGCUUGGGAUUGAGUGCGAUAGCGGCAUUAUCUUUCCCCAGCUCACGAACUUCAACACACCACCUCAUAUAUCCGCAGCCUCGCCUGGAUAUAAAGCAACGGACCCACUGACCGUGAUCAACACCCGAACAUCACUGACACGGUCUUGUGAGGUUCACCGUGUUGGAACACAUGAUGCAGCCGAACUACUAGCACAUGAUACCCGUUUUUGGCUGUUGCACUCUACCUCAAAAUUGAUGUACAGCCCAUCUACUUGCCUGACCACCCCAAACUUCAUCCGAAUUCACCAAGCGGAGUAGCAUAGACCAGCGAUCUAGCGUUAAGCUCUAUAUACAGAUCC